UGCUGCUGACACCCACAUCGACUCCUCCUCCUUCUCCCGGCUCCACCCCCCCGCCUCCCUGCUUCAUCCUACUCCUCCACCUCCUCACCUCUCUCUCUCUUCCUCUUACAUGUUGCUCAGUGCAGAGCUUGGAUGCAGGAUGAGGCUUCCGGCCAUGUGGGAAUUUCUCCUAACGGUCACUCAUGGUUGAAUCCACGUGUUGCUGAGGACGUCCAUCCAAGAGAGGCAUGAUAGGAGACGAGAAGUGAUUCAAUCUGCGCAGACUGGGGGAGUCAAAAAGAGAUCCUUCCGCUUUCCUUUCCAGUGGAGUCGCUGUAACUUUGCAGAAACAGUAAGAAACUGCAACCUGUUGCUGCUUUGACUGAUGUCCUUGAAGAUGUAGACUUUCUUCUGAGAAAUAUAAGCAGCUAUGAUGAAUUUUCGCUGUGAUUAUCUCUCUCUGCUGAAACUCUGCUGAGGACCAAGUUUCCAGUAAUCCACCUUUCUGUAAAAGAGGUCUGAUGAGGACCAACGAGGCACCUUAGCAGCUCUGUCACAUGGACACUGACACUGAACAGCUGUUGCAUUCAUCAUCUCAGUAAAGGAGCACAUUCGGGAGUGAAACAGCGAAAACAUGCCGAAAACUUGUUUGCAUCCCCUCUUACUUAGCAACUGGUGAGGAUAAGAGAUGCUGUGAUGACCUACCUGUAUUUGACAAGUGUGUUUUUCACCUCGUUGGAGACCGGAGCGCGGAGGAAAAAAAGUCAGCAAGAGGGAACAGGGGAGGGGACGAGCAAGGCAGCAGGGGGGAAAGUGUGAAGCAGGCGCUGUGAAACGACAAAGUGACAGAACUGUGCCGGACUGAAGAAGGAGUAAAGGAAAAACUGUGUUUAAAAGAGCUGGCUGCACGCCCGUUAAACGCUGCAGGAUCGUGUAUUUGUCAGAGCAGUGCAUGGUGAGUAUGUAUUCUGUUUGAUGUGACUGUUAUGGCAGGAAAUUAAACAGCUCACAGGAGCAGCUGUCAACUGACCCUCCUGACUGUUUAGUUCAAUCAGAUUAUAAAUUCUGACAUUAUAAAAAUUUUAUUACUGACUGGUCAUACAGCCUGAGUUAACAUAUUAAUGAAUCACGGAACAAGUGCUGGGGUUCAUCAGCUGUCAACAGAGCUUUUAUUUUAACUCGUACUCACAGCACGAGUGGUACAGUGUGGAUCUGAAAGGCUCCCUCUUCACACCCUCAAAUUACAACCAAAUGAUGCUGAAUCUUUCAUUUACUUAAACAUGUCUGAAGUUUGUCUGUGUGUAAGGCUGAUCAAUGUGUGAUUUUUUUGAAGGAAAAAAGUGGGAGGUGUUCAGAGCGAGAGGAUGAUUUCAGGUAUCAUUAAAAACCGUGGAGAUGAGUUACGUGACUGCCAUCCUGACACACGUAUCACUGCGUUUCAGGCGAAACUACAAUGAAACAAGUUAAAUACCAGAAAAGAAAUUGAGGCUACUCUUGCUUUAGUUUGACAUCCAAGUGACUUUUAGAGACCCCCCCCCGACCCCCAGUUUACUUGUUUUAGUUUGUUAAAAAUUAACAUGUUUUUUUUGCGGAUUUCUGGUCAAUCAGGUGGAAUUUCUGAAUUUCAAUAUUUGCAUUUAGCUUCUUUCAUGAAUUGACAAAUCUGAACAUUAUUGACAGUUAAUAUUUAUUUAAAAAAUGAAAAAAAUGUAACUGCUUAUAUAAUAUAAUGCAUAAGUUUGAUUUUUGAAGUUAAAUCUUUUGCUCUUUCAGGAUUAACUGGUAUUCACAUAUGUGUUCACAGUGACAUUACACACACACAUACACACUCUGUCUGCAGCUCUCACAGCCUCCUCUCUCGCCCCACCUCUCCUCUCCUUACCAGCUUAUGUCUGCUCUGUUGACAUGAUUCAUCAGAGGUUCAUUUAAGUCGUCCAGAUAACAACAACUCACAGUUUAGAAGUUCCUACUCAUUAUGACAAAACCUGAUCAGCAUGUAGAUGAGGCUUAAUGUUAAUGACAAAGAAAGAUCAAAACUGUAUGGAGAAAAGAAUCAUCUGCAGCACAGCAGGCUGGAAGCAGGAGGAUCUGGUGUGUGUUAGUGAAGCAGAGGGACAGACUGAGCACAGAUUUUUCUGAAUGUUACUGCUGGGCUUUAUUUAGUAUGUUAUGUUAUCACAGGCCGGUUUUCUGCUUAAUGGUUUUCUGCUAGCCUAAAAACAUCUGAAAACCCAGAGUUCAACUGGUUAAACUUCAUUUUUAUAUUGUAUUUCUAUGUUCUUAUUCUAACAGCUAUGUUGCUAACCUUAGGUUGCACCCAAAUCCAAAAAGGAUGCUCUACAGUCUUUAUUAUAGAGGGUGGCAUCAAUGUUGGUGCGGACUUGCUGUAAUAGACCUAAUUAGCUGCUAGCCUAGCUGUUGGUUAUUUAAAGCCUUUGGCCAACACAACAGCAAAGAGUAACAGUGAAAGCUCUGGUAAUGUCAUAUUUCUUAGCAUUUCUGUGGUAAUGACAGCUAACAACGGCUAACAGUAGGAGUCUAUCUUGGUUUUCCAACUUGUUUACUGGAACACUGUCAACUCGUGUGUAACGUCAUUCCCAGCUCCGACAUCCUACUUCCGAGGUAACUGGAACACAGCACAUAUAUAUAUAUAUGUAUAUAUGUGUGCAGUACACCGACAAGCCUCUAAGUAUCAAUGCAAUCCUCAACAACAGCUCUACAACAGUCCACUAUCACAAAGUUUCUGCACUUUCAGCUUUUGUUGACAUGCCGGAAAGAAGUACUUCAUAUUUAUGACAAAAAUCAUAUCACUCCAGCCUCUCUGUGUUUGUGACUUUAACAGAAAAUUUACUGACAUUUGUCAAAGCUCCAUCCUGACUUUACACACACAUAAACCUUGAGCGGCACUGAGUUCACUUAUAGCCACAACAUAAAAAAACCUAGAAAUCUGACUUUUAAGAUGCUGCAUGGGGUAAAGCCAGUGUCCAGUAUCUCCGUGUGAAAUCACUUCAAUUAUUAACUGAUUAUCAAUGGUUGCAGAUUAAUUUUCAUUUGGUUCAAUCGGCUCAUGAAAGGAACAUUUAUUGUGGCUCUAUAAUUAACUGAGUAUAAUUGGAUUUGGAGAAUAAAUAGGAGAAAAUGGGUGAUUAGAAGGCAUCAGCUUCAGUUCAAGAAAAAAAGAGGCUCAUCCUUGACUACUUAUUACAGAAAAAAGUUUUAAAAGGGAAAUAACCGGUGAAAAAAAAAAAAACCUUUAGAAAAAUGAAUGCAGCCUAAUUUGAAGUACUUGAGUACUUUUCUAAGACAGCCUUUAACAUUUUUAAUGAUUAAUAAUAUCAAACCUGCAUAUUUGAUGCUUUUUCCAUUCUUCUAUCUUUGUAAAUCAGAAGUUUCAACGUUUUGGGUUGUUGCUAACACACCUCAUCUUUGGUAGUUGCCCUUAUAAUCAAAGGAAAUCAAAGAAAAUUAGUUUUUCUUUUUAGAUAUAUUUCUUAAAAUUGUGUCACCUUUGAGGAAAAAGUGAUAAGUGGGUGGUGGCCUGUAUUGCUUUUUUAUUUUCAGUCUGCAAUUAAAUUCAUUUAUUAAAAAGUUUUUGCUUUACUGCCUCUGUUUUUUUUCAGUCACUUCAUGUCCCACCCACAAUAUCAUUAUUUUAAUCUGAUUUGCUAGAUGUCACAUGACUGUCUGACAGAACUGUACUCCUAAUUUACAGGGAUAUUCCAGCGAAAAUUUAAGUUGUGGUCAAACGCACCAUAACACUGAUUUAGACACCCCCUUGAGAGAUGAAUGUUGCCAACUGCUUGCUUCUCUAGUUAAACCAACUUCAGCAACAAUUGCACAAUAGCUAGUAGCUAGUACUAUGGUUGGGACCUUAUAUGUACUGUUGAAGUUAGGUGCUGUAAGGUGAGACGUAGACCGUGUAUUGCUGUGUAUUGCUAUCGUGCAAUCGUCUUUACUAAAGUUGGUAUAACUAGAGAAGCAAGAAGUCUGCAACAUUCAUCUCUCGAGGCGUGUUUGACUAUAAUUCAUUUACGCCAGAAUAUCCCUUUAAUAAGUUGUUUACUUUUCACUUGAAUUGCAAAAAGUUGCAGUUUGGGAGUUAGUAAUAUAAGUAUCGGGUAAAAUUUGAAUUUUAUCAAUUAAAGUUCCAAAGCUGAACCUGCAGAUUUCCACUGCAGUCUGCCAUGAUCCUCUUCUCUUAACUUUAUGUACUGCGUCUCAAAUGACACAACUUCCUGCUGACACAGCAAGGUCUGACAGAUAAGUACUCUAUGGGUACUGCAAAAUUCUCACUCAAGUUUAGUCUUGUAGAUUUGUUUUGCUGCUAGGAACCAACAGAGCAGAACUACAAUUCAUGAGCCUUAUCUGAUCCACAAAUCCCUAAAAUUUGAAACUGGUUCAAAAUUGGAACUGGUUCUCCAUAUCCAUGAAGGGUUUCUGCUACAUGUAAUGAUUGUUGCGCACCGCCAUGGCUAAAGAAAAGUCGCCACACCCUAAAAAUGUGGGUUUUUUGUUCAUGAGGCGCCAACCACGGAGCACCUACGUACCAAGUAUUAGCAUUAGCAUGUUGUCUUCUGCAAUCACACAGCUGAUUAAUUACCCCUCGCUCCCUAAAUCACACACCCCCACAGUUAAGAUUCCCGUCCUGUAGGAAACACUGCCCAUAUUCCGAAAUUCUUAUUUUUGACAAAGAUUUUCUUCUCCUAGUGGAGUGCUGCUGGUUUUGGGCAUAUUGGCUCUGUCCCAUAACUGUCUGAUAACAAAUACUGACGCUGAAAAAAAACAAUGUGGGUCAACCCCUAAUAAGUCAACACGUUUACAUGCACAGUUAAAUCGAGCUAUGGUUUAAAGGUCUAUUAUGCCAUUUAAGUGGACCACCAUCCUUGUCCUACUUUACAACUACUGGGAAAGAACCAGAUUGUUGACAGACACACAUUCGCCACUGCUACAGUAGGUGGCGACAUGCCCCCUUUCUGUGAGUUACCAUCACGUCAUCCCCUGGUUGACAUGUCACAUAUCAAAACAGUCAGCAGAAUGCAUCAGCGAAGAAUCAAUCCCUUACCAUACAGUGCAUCUGGAAAGUAUUCAUACCACUUCACUUUUUCCACAUUUUGUUGUUACAGCCUUAUUCCUUUUUUCCCUCAAAAGUUCUACACAAAAUACCCCAUAAUGACAAAGCGAAAAACUUUUUUUCUUUUUUACAUUUUGCAAAUUUAGUAAAAAUAAAAACACUCAAAUGUUGCAUAUACAUAAGUAUUCACACCCUUUUCUCAAUACUUGGUCGAAGCACCUUUGGCAGCGAUUACAGCCUCCAGUCUUCUUGUGUAUGAUGCAACAAGCUUGGCACACCUGGAUAUGGGGAGGUUUUUCCCAUUCCUCCUUGCACAUCCUCUCAAGCUCAGUUAGGUUGGAUAGGCAGCGUCGGUGCACAGCUACUUUCAGGUCUUUCUAAAGAUGUUCAAUCGGGUUCAAGUCUGGGCUCUGGCUGGGCCACUCAAGGACAUUCAGAGACUUGUCCUGAAGCCACUCCUUUGUCUUCUUGGCCAUGUGCUUAGGGUCAUUGUCAUGCUGGAAGAUGAAGCGUCGCCCCAGUCAAAGGUCUCGAGCGCUCUGGAGCAGGUUUUCAUCAAGGAUUUCGAUGUAGUUAGCUGCAUUCAUUUUUCCCUCGAUCCUGACAAGUCUCCCAGUUCCUGCCGCUGAAAAACAUCCCCACAGAAUGAUGCUGCCACCACCAUGCUUCACUGUAGGGAUGGUAUUGGCAAGGUGGUGAGCGGUGCCUGGUUUCCUCCAGACAUGACGCUUGGCAUUCAGGCCAAAGAGUUUGAUCUUUGUUCCAUCAGACCAGAGAAUUUUGUUUCUCCUGGUCUGUGAGUCCUUCAGGUGCCUUCUAGCAAAGUCCAAGCAGGCUGUCAUGUGCUUUUUACUGAGGAGUGGCUUCUGUCUGGCCACUCUACCAUAAAUGCCUGACUGGUGGAGAGCUGCAGAGAUGGUGGUCCUUCUGUAGGGUUCUACCAUCUCCUCAGAGGAACGCUGGAGCUCUGUCAGAGUGACCCUCGGGUUCUUGGUCACCUCCCUGACCAAGGCCCUUCUCCCCCACUUGCUCAUUUUGGCUGGGCAGCCAGCUCUAGGAAGAGUCCUGGUGGUUCCAAACGUCUUCCAUUUUUAAUGAUGGAGACCACUGUGCUUUUUGGGAUCUUCAAUGCAGCAGAUAUUUUUCUGUAACCUUCCCCAGAUCUGUGCGCCGAUACAACCCUGUUUCGGAGGUCUACAGACAAUUCUUUCAACUUCAUGGCUUGGUUUGGGCUCUGACGUGCUCUGUCAGCUGUGGGAUCUUAUAUAGACAGGUGUGGCUUUCCAAAUCAUGUCCAAUCAGCUGAAAUAGCUACAGGUGGACUGCAAUCAAGUUGGAGGAACAUUUCAAGACUGAUCAGUGGAAACAGGAUGCACCUGAGCUCAAUUUUGAGUUUAAUAGCAAAGGGUGUGAAUACUUAUGUAUAUGCAACAUUUGACUGUCUUAUUUUAAAUACAUUUGCAAAAUUUUCUAAAAAAAGUUUUUGGCUUUGUGAUUACAGGGUAUUUAGUGUAGAAUUUUUGAGGGAAAAAAGGAAUUUAAUCCAUUUUGGAAUAAGGCUGUAACAUAACAAAAUGUGGAAAAAGUGAAUACUUUCCGGAUGCACUGUAUUAUCCAGGUAUGUGAGUCUGACUAUGAGAAGAUCAGUUCAGCGAAAUUCCUAACGCAUUCAUCUGUUAACAUGUUUUUUUAAAAAGCCAGUUUCAGUCAGUAAUGCAAUAAAUUGAUUUUUUUAACAAGAUGUAAACUUACUGAUUUCUACCUUUGGUGACUAGUUAGCAGUUUGGACACUUAAAUAACAAAGGUAUUUGGAGAUCAAAGUGGGAUGAGUUUUCUGUGAAUUGAUCCCAAAGAGUCUUCGAUCCACUUGUGGCUUUAUUUAGCCUCACACCACCCUCCUCUUCUGUCCUCAUCAUAAUCAAAUAUCUCAGGGAAACACACUGAUCACUUGUAAUUCUUUGUUUCCUAUUUUUCUCAUCCAGACAGUAAGGAUUAGCCUCAUUCCUCUGCUUUGACGCCACUGUUCCCCAGUAUACCUGGCUAAUCAAGUAUCCAUAACGACACCGGAACAUAGGAAGAAAUGGCAUGAUUGGGACUAUUCAUCUCAGUUAAGAAAACAUCCUUGUGUUUGUCAAUCUCGUUAGCAGAAUCACUGAGGCUCUAAUGCGAUUUUCUUUUGUCUCAUUAUGAUUGAGGCUUGAUAGGUGCCCAUUAGCAGCCUGGCCAAACUACGGCUGCGGGGGAGGAGGAUUGAUCCCUGUCUUAAUGUGUACAGAUAGAUGACCGUGUUAGGAUUUAAAUAACUGCCCUGCACUUCCCCCAAGUCAUACAGGCACACAGGCACACAAACGCACACAGAGUAAGUCUGCAUCAGCCAUAGCAACUGCACAAUCAGCCCCCAACAAUGCAACUCUGAGACGAUGCCUGGAGAAAUAAAAUCACCUUCAGGUUACAAAAGAGGCGCCAACGAUUCAUUCCUUCAGGCUUCAUGGUAACCUGUGUUUAAAUUCAAUCAAUACAGCCGCGAUUCGGCGCUCUCUUUACUUUAUGAACUCUGUCAUUCUCAAGGUGAUGGAAACCUUCAUGCUCAAAGGCACAUUUUAAACGCGCCAGUCUUGGGAAAUAUUCGGAGUUUAUAAAGCACCAAGGUUUCAUCCUUGAACAGCAACCUGAGGCAAAGGAAAGAUCGAGCAAGCGUCCACAGCGUCCUUGCCUCCUAACACCCCAGCUCUUCAUCAUUGAAUAUUCUAUAAAGAUUUAAUCAAGGAUGAUCAAACGCCUGAAUACUGAAAGCACCCGGGAUGUUUGGAGAGGCAGAGUAUUACAUUUAUCCAUGUGCAACAUAACAACAGAUACUAAAUUGACCUUUAGUUAUAAUCAAACUGUAUAUUUAUCUCAUUUCCCCAUCAGGCUCCAUUACUCUGAUCAAACACAGUAUGGCCGAGCUUUUCACACAGAUUUGACAUGAAAGCGGCAGCCACUGUUGUUUCAAACAGCCCAGUUUGACAUUAUCAAAGACUGACAAUUUUAAUCUGCUGAAAAGAUACAGCAGCCUUUACAGAAAGUAAAUCAGGCUUACCCCUUCUCCUCUCCACUUAAUGUUUCAUACUACUGUGUAAACAGUUGGGGAAUUUCUUAUUUUAAAGAUGCAAAAAACUUUGAACAAAAACAUGUCAGUGCAGCUGGAAAAAAAAAAUUAAACAAAUGUAGAUUUUAUGAACAGGGCUCAUUGAAACAGCGACAGUGACAGGUGCUGCAUUACAACAAUCAGGGAUGAAAAGUACUUAGUUUUGUAAAAGGAUUUCAAAUACAAGAAGUAAUGCUAGAUCAAGAGUUUUGGCCAAUAAGAGCUGAUACUUUUGUUGGGUGUUAACUUCAGCUGUCAAACAUUCUUCAGUAACUGAAGGAUUUUUAUAUUUACCGGUAAUCAUCAUUAAUCCAAAAAACGUUAUACAUUUGAUUGUGAUUAAUCGCAUCUUUAAUGACAUGUGCAAAAUUUCAUUAUUUUAGAUUUCCUUAAUACUUUUUGGGUCCAUGUCAUCAAUGUAAAGCCAUUAUCACCAUUUGGGAAUCAAAUUAAGACAAUGAGACAAAUCUGAUCAUUUUGACUUAUUUCUAGCUGAGCUGUUUAAUGCUGUCUGAAACCAUAACUUGGUGGAAGGAGACAACUCCUAAGUACUUAUCCUGUCAGUUACAAUGUUUAACUAUGAGUAUAUUGAUUCCCUUAAUUUAGCAAGCCCUCAAUAACCUCCUGUAUUUUGGUUUCAUCCACAGGUCUGUGGUAAUUCUGACACUCCAACAUAGUGCUCUGCUGGUCUUCGUGAUGCAGGUGUCUGUUGAGUUCAGUCUGAUUUUCUGCACCUGCAUGCUUUGCACACAGGUAUUCAACAAGUACUUAAAUGAUGUUUUAACACUGAUUCAUGGAGUGGGCGUUUUAACAUUUGGCUGAGCCUUAUGGGUGUUUUUAAAAGCCAAAAAUGCCAUUAAAAACACAGUGGUGUUAUUUCAUAUCAUAGUGGCAACUGAAAAAAAGAAGACCCAGUCAGUACGGUUAGAAGACGCUCGAGAAAACUGAAUUUUUGCUAUACUCCGAUUAAGACCGGACAACUGAAGUGCAUGUAACUACUUUAUUCUGACUAUAAUUGGAGUUUCAGAACUCCAAUUGGAGUCGGAGAACUCCGAUUAGGACACCUAGAUAAUGCGAUUGGAAUUCAAUUUUCUCUAUCAUGUAACCGGUGUAGUCAGAGUAUGAUCAGACAAUGCGCGUGCGCGUGCGCCAUGCCCCCGUAACCCCAGAACAAGAACACCAGAGGAGAGGAGUAGCGUGACUCUCAUCUGCAGAAAAAGUAGUGCGUAUGCCAUGUAUGACAAAAACAACACUGUACUGAUGCUCCAUCUUCUUGCUUGAAAAUGCCCAGCAGCAGUUUUAGUCACUUCUGACGUCUGGCACCGACCUGCUGUUGUUGUUGACGGUUGUAUGGGGUCGGAAACAGCGUCACUAAAAAGAUUCACAAUGCCCCCUAGUUUCAGGGAGGAGGAAACGUUCACGUCAAUUAUUCAAUUUUCUCAGCUGCAUGUGUACGCAGGCAAUAAGAGAAGUCCGAUUCGGCGGAAAAAAAAAUUAUGAGCUUAGUCUGAUUAACCUGUGCAUGUAAACGUACUGAGUGUACCAAGAGGGACAAAAUUACACACUAAUAAAUGUCCCUCUUGAGAUUGAUAAAGUUUUUUUUUUAUUGUACUGUAUUGUUGUAUAAAUACAUAAAUCAUCACAUUAAUUUAAACCUUUAUUUAAACAUCCAUGUGUUUUUUUGCUGGCAGCCCAUUUUCAUCAUGAAAAUAUAUAUAUAUAUAUAUAAAAUAUACAUAUAUUAUAUACUAUAUAAUAUAUAUAUAAAUAUACGUGGCCCUUAUUUUUUUAUUCUCCGAUUUCAGAAUAAAAUGUCUUAUGAUUUUAGAGUAUAAUAGAGACUUGAGUUGUUGAAUUAAGAAAACAUGUUAGUUUGACAAUUACAAAUAAAACACUAAUCAACAAAACUUUGAGAUUAAGACGUAGAUACAGAUUUUUCAGCACAUAAUGUAAAACAACAACAGCAGAAUGUUCAAAAGCAAAGAAAGCCAUCACCUAAUAUAUUAACAAAAAAAAGAAUGUACAGUUCCUGUCAGCACCCUUUACGGCUCUUACUUGUAGUUUAGUUGUAUGAAUUAUGGCUCAUUUCUGCUUCUAUCACAGCCCUAAUCUUAAUUUAUUUAUUUAAAACUGUUAGCUGCUGACUAUGAAAUCCUGAUUCUCGUUGAAUAACAGCUUUGCUAAUAGCUAUUCCUGUCCGUCUGUUCAUCCAGAAAAAAAAUCACUGCCUCUCUCUCCAUCUGUUCCUGCUGGCGCUGAAGCUGUGAAGCAACAGUUUCUCUUGCCAGUCAAAAGGAACUUGGAGGUCACAAUGAGCCUGAAUUAUCUUUUCAUUUUCCACUUUGUUCUCAUAGUUUAGGAGCUCAGUCGAUGUUAUGGGAUCCUAAACUCUUAAACCAGGGGGGCAUCAAAGGUGUUACAGGUGUGCUUUUACUCUCCUGUGCAUAAAGACUAGUGUAUCUUUGAGAUAUUUUGUUUGUCUAGACAUAAUUCCCAUAUCUGCAAUCAUCAAAAAAGUUUCCUCCAUAUCUGCAAUCACCCAAAAAAGUUUCCUCCAUUUAUUUCCACAUUCAAACUUUUAACUGAUGUUUUACCUUAGCUGAAAGGUCUAUAGUUGCAGAGUACAGAAGGCUGCAAAGAUUUUAAUUCCACUCAAGAAAAAGUUGUAGUUUCAUUCAAUGAGCAGUAAAGCAAUCCGGCAGACAUACUGACAGGUUUGUAAUAUAGUAAUGUAACACACUCAUGGUGUGGAAGUCGCAUCAGGGUCAUAAGUCCAACACACAAAACUGACAUGUUAGUUACAGUGCAAGAAAUAUCACAAAUCCCUGUAUAACUGCUGUGCACUAGUCAAAGUAGAAGACUUUUGUGUUGGUUUAACUGGGCAGGGGGUCUUUAAGUUCUUGAACCUACAUCCCAAUACACAAAUUUACAUAUUUAAAUGUCUUGUUCAGUCAGAUCCUUUUUGGUCUUGGAGGAUUAAUUGUCUGGAUGCUAUAAGUUAUAUUUGGUGGGAUGGCUCCGUUCUGUGGGCUCUUGUGUUUGUGUAGGGGCGAGUCUGAGGCAGGGAGAGCAGCAGCAAAGACAAUCAGGAUACAGACCAGAGCAGGCAUCAGUGACAACACCUAAAAAAAUCAGACACUGCAUUAAACUGAUGGAGUAAAAUGAUUCCUAUCAUGUGUAUGCUCGCAGGACAGAGUCUGAAACUAAUUUCCCUGUGAGGAAAUUAUCUCUCGUCCCAUCUUAUCUCACUGGAUUUAUUGUAAAAAUUUAAAAAGCUAAUUUGUGGAUAAUGAAAGUAGUCUUGCUGCAGAGCUUCAAGAGUUGAACUCUUUCGCUUUAAAGAAACUUCUAAGCUUUCUGCCCUAUGAUUUCAGAAACAAAACGAUCCCCGCCCACUCAGGAAUAUAUUUAGACCCUUUUGUUUUAGGUUGUUCAUAUGGGAUCAGCAAUAACAACAGAGCACAGCAACCUUAGUAUUUGUGAUACAGGGAAAAGUCUUAUCAGUUGGAUAAUGACAUGCUGGAUUGCUGUGGAGUAAAAACGGUUGGCAUGUUUGAUUAAAAUGUUGUAAAACCAGCUCAUCAUCUCCAUCACGUCUAACGCCUCCAACAUACUGCAGGUAGAGCUCUGCUCUUGACCUCUCUGCUCUGGGAGUUUGAGUCUCGUAAGACUCGCUGCUCCAGGCCAUCUCUGUCUAAAAAUACACAACAUCUGACCUGUACAUCCUGUCAAAUCCUGCCAACAAAACAAACAGAUUAAUCCGAUAUUUCAGCGCCUCAGAAACAGAAAGUGCGGUGAUAUAAGACAUAUUUAGAAAUAACAAAGCAUGAGUUAAAGGGAGGUGUCUGUGGUGAAUUCCUGAUGUCACGUCUACCGUAAUUGGGCCAGAAAAACGGCUUUUGAAAGCUUUGCCUCCCACGGACAAUUAAGUAUCCUCUGGAGAGCAGCAGCCUCUUGCUUUUCGCUGUGACUAAUCUGACAAUGUGGGAAAAACACAGAGAGAGUCAAACAACUCACAGGAGAACCUCUGGCAUUUACGCUACAACAGGAGGGGAGAGAGACACGCCCCUGCAACACUCUACAGCUCUCUAAUGGCAUAAGAGAGAAAACAGCGUGCCCAUACGCGCAGUUAGCUGCUUAAACACUCACACCGAGUAAAAACGAGCUUUCAAACUUCCUUCACUGUCUCAGCUAGAACCUUAAGUAUUUAAUGGAGGGCUGAGGGCUAAAUUGGGGAUUCCGUAUUUGAGUGUCUGGUUUUCCAGAAUGGGAGACGUUCUGGUUAACAGCUGUUCUACAUUCGUAGGUUGAGAACAGCAGGUUUUUUGUGCACCUCAUAUGGAAAGCUAAAUUUGACGAUUUAUUCACCACUGUUCAGAGAAAUCUGCAAGUGCAGUGACAAAUCCCUUCUACAUAGAAAUUAUGUAAUCAUCGGUUUGACAAUGUGUUAGACAAUCUGCACUGCAAUCUCCAAAGUUCCUUGAAUGCAUCAGAGUUGAUUUGUCCAACAUCCAUUGAACACACAAGCCUUUUAAAAGUUUUUUCAACUCCAGUGGAAAGACCUGACAAAACCUGAAUUCUAUCUAUCUAUCUAUCUAUCUAUCUAUCUAUCUAUCUAUCUAUCUAUCUAUCUAUCUAUCUAUCCAUCCAUCCAUCCAUCUAUCUAUCUAUCUUCAUGCAUCCGGAAUGUAUUCAUACCACUUCACUUUUUCCACAUUUUGUUGUUACAGCCUUAUUCCUUUUUUCCCUCAAAAAUUCUACACAAAAUACCCCAUAAUGACAAAGCGAUAAACUUUUUUUUACAACAUUUUGCAAAUUUAGUCAAAAUAAGAACACUCAAAUGUUGCAUAUACAUAAGUAUUCACACCCUUUACUCAAUACUUGGUCGAAGCACCUUUGGCAGUGAUUACAGCCUCCAGUCUUCUUGUUUAUGAUGCAACAAGCUUGGCACACCUGGAUAUGGGGAGGUUUUUCCCAUUCUUCCUUGCACAUCCUCUUAAGCUCAGUGAGGUUGGAUGGGCAACGUCGGUGCACAGCUACUUUCAGGUCUUUCUAAAGAUUUUCAAUCGGGUUCAAGUCUGGGCUCUGGCUGGGACACUCAAGGACACUCAGAGACUUGUCCUGAAGCCACUCCUUUGUCUUCUUGGCCAUGUGCUUAGGGUCAUUGUCAUGCUGGAAGAUGAAGCGUCGCCCCAGUCGAAGGUCUCGAGAUCUCUGGAGCAGGUUUUUAUCAAGGAUUUCGAUGUACUUAGCUGCAUUCAUUUUACCCUCGAUCCUGACUAGUCUCCCAGUUCCUGCCGCUGAUAAACACCCCCACAGCAUGAUGCUGCCACCACCAUGCUUCACUUUAGGGAUGGUAUUGGCGAGGUGGUGAGCGGUGCCUGGUUUCCUCCAGACAUGACGCUUGGCAUUCAGGCCAAAGAGUUUGAUCUUCGUUUCAUCAGACCAGAGAAUUUUGUUUCUCCUGGUCUGUGAGUCCUUCAGGUGCCUUCUAGCAAAGUCCAAGCGGGCUGUCAUGUGCUUUUUAUUGAGGAGUGGCUUCUGUCUGGCAACUCUACCAUAAAUGCCUGACUGGUGGAGUGCUGCAGAGAUGGUGGUCCUUCUGUGGGGUUCUACCAUUUACUCAGAGGAACGCAGGAGCUCUGUCAGAGUGACCAUCAGGUUCUUGGUCAUCUCCCUGACCAAGGCCCUUCUCCCCUGCUUGCUCAUUUUGGCUGGGCGGACAGCUCUAGGAAGAGUCCUGGUGGUUCCAAACAUCUUCCAUUUCUUAAUGAUGGAGACCACUGUGCUUUUUGGGAUCUUCAAUGCCGCAGAUAUUUUUCUGUAACCUUCCCCAGAUCUGUGCGCCGAUACAACCCUGUUUCGGAGGUCUACAGACAAUUCUUUCGACCUCAUGGCUUGGUUUGUGCUCUGACGUGCUCUGUCAGCUGUGGGAUCUUAUAUAGACAGGUGUGGCUUUCCAAAUUAUGUCCAAUCGGCUGAAUUUGCAACAGGUGGACUGCAAUCAAGUUGGAGGAACAUUUCAAGACUGAUCAGUGGAAACAGGAUGCAUCUGAGCUCAAUUUUGAGUUUUAUAGCAAAGGGUGUGAAUACUUAUGUAUAUGCAACAUUUGAGUGCCUUAUUUGAAAAAAAUUUGAAAAAUGUUGUGAAAAAAAAGUUUUUGGCUUUGUCAUUAUGGGGUAUUUAGUGUUGAAUCUUUGAGGGAAAAAAGGAAUUUAAUCCAUUUUGGAAUAAGGCUGUAACAAAACAAACUGUGGAAAAAGUGAAGUGUAUGAAUACUUUUUGCACGCACGCACUCACUCAAUCUAUCUAUCUAUCUGUCUUCUUUUGCUGAGCUUUCUUGAGGGGUGAAUUUUGCUUCACUUUUGAUCAUGCAACAUGAAAUCAUGUUACCUGUGUCAUUUUCAAGUGCUUUUUUUCUGCAGAGCUCCAGUAGCUCAUUAGCUAUUCGCCUCUGAGUUGUGGGCGGAGACAGUGCUACUCAUCACACUCCUCUUCAUGCUAGCUUGCAGCCUAACAUUGCCGGUGUAGUCGAAGUGGCAGGUAACAUAGGAGCUAUUCAGCUCUUGGACACUAAUGUCUUAAGGGACAUGAUGAAAGUUAAUAUCAUAAUUAGCUUUCCUUUUAGCAUUGGAAUUCGCUACCACACACGCUUGUUCUGUGAUGGUCCUCUCUAUUUUUCAAAGUCUGGGCUGCAUAGCAGGGCUCCGGGGACCUUUGGGUUUGCCAGAGAUUCACAGCAGAAAUAAUCAGAAAUGCAAUUUCGCACUUAUUUUUCUCAUGAAAUGUCCUGUAGAAUCAGAAAAAUGCCAUAUGAACAUGUAGACGACAAGAAAAACAUGAUGUUCAUCUGAGUGGGUCUUUAAGAUACUAAUUGGACUGUAAAUGAUGUGGGACAUACAGAAUGUAGCCAUAAAUUGAAUUUCUUUAACUUAUAAUAAGCUAAAAAGGAGAUUUGUUUAGCUUAAGAAUAAACAAAAUUGGAGUUCCUUUUUAUCAUCACUCACCCAAUAAAAUCCAUCAACAAACACGCGAACACAAUUCAACAACAGCUCGUUGUGUGUCCAAUAUCCCCCUGCAUUUACAACUCCACAGGGAAUUAUCUGCCUGUUUAGGUGCUCAAUGUUCCAUCAUGUUGAGCAGAUAGUCUCUAACUUUGGCUGUAAUUUAGUAUUGGACAAGUACAGCACACAGUGGGUUGUUGGGAGUUUUUUCAUAGUUUCAUGUUGCGGCUGAAAAUAAAAUUGAUGAGAGCUAAGAGACUGAGCCAAAACAGUGAAGGUGUGGGCUAUAAAACCAAAAUUAAAACCAGGAAAACACUAUGUUGGCUGUAAACUCUCAGUAGUCAUAUAAGGAGAUGAACGACAAAUGUGAGUGGAUGAUCAAGAAAAACUAUCACCUUGAGAGAGAGAGAGAGAGAGAGAGAGAGAGAGAGAGAGAGAGACAGUCACGUUUCAUUCAGCCCUUCCAGCGCUUCCAUGACAGUUUUGUUAAUAAAGUAAAAAAAAAAGAAAAAUCACAGACUGAAGUUUAUCAAUUUACCCAAAGUUCACGUGUCAAUGCCACCCUCCUCUCACUAAUGGCAUUUCAUACUCAGACCACAUUCUGUUUUUACAUAAAACUAAAAUAACCCGACACUUGAUGAUAUGAAACCAAACAUUUCCACAAUUUCUAACUCAACACGAUGAAGUGCUUUCCUCUCUGCAGCAGUGUGUUAUGAAAUCCACUCAGUCAUGCUGAGAGCAGAGGAGACCAGCUGAAAGGGACGACUCAGUGACUCCAGAUUUUCACAUCAACAUGUUCAAGCAUCACUGCCAUAAUGACUCCAGUGAAAUAACAGACUUCUCCUGCAGUUCAGAGCAGAGUUUAGCCUGUUGACUGUUUUAGCACAGGCACAGCACUACAGAGGAAGGAUAUGUCUGAUGCUGGCGGGCUGUGUCGUGCCUUUCUUGUAUGAGCACUUUUGUGAGACUGAUGCCAAUGCUCGUAUUCUGGCCCAUUCUCAUACUUAAAUUACCAUAACUGCACUUAUUAUAGCUAAUAUUACACAUAUUUCACUUGAAUGUCUGGCACUGUGGCUUUUCAUCUGCAUUAAUCCUACUUCCUAUUGCUGCUUUGUUUUCUUUUUCUCUCUUUUUCCAUCACCCUCGUGAUCCCACUUUCUUGGUUCAUCCAGUCUUGACAGAUGGUUGCUUUCCAGUGUGUCUGGUUCUGCUCAGGUUUCUGCCUGUUUAAAGGGCAUAAUGGUGGAUUGACGUUGGGUUUCUCAGCUUCUCUUUCUCUUUUCUCAGAAAUUUUGAUUGAAACUUGGAUAAUUAAAACAAGUUUUUCAUCAAGGUAAAAGCAAAAGAAGCCAGUAAUAUUGAGCUUACUAAUUCUUUUGUAUUCCUAUAGUUAUUCUGAAGGCAUUUAAAUGAUUACCUUGGAUUUUACAUUUAAACAUGAAUUAAUCUUCAAAUUUUUUAACAGCUGAUGUAGACAAAGAUAAAUUCAACAGAAAAUUGAGGGUCCCAGAGAUCGAGGACAGAGGAGGGCUUUAAUGUGUACUCAGAGGCAACCGAAAAAAACAGCAACCAGACCUUCCGUCUGUGGAAUUGUACGACGUAAAACAAGUUCAGAGGAAAUGUGAGCAGAGGAAACUUUUAUGACACCCUCCGCCAUCAGAGAAGAAAAAGAUACACAUUUCAGAGGGAACACAGCGUGAGAUGUUGUUAGGAAUCAGACAGACUGAAGCUGCACACUGAAAUGGAACUACUCGAAAAUGGUUCCUCAUUUUCAUCUCAAACUCAUACAGCUGUAAAAUCCAUUAGACUGGGAGCUGUUUACCAGUCUUAUGAUCUCACUUGCACUGUCAUCUAGUGGUCAGUCAGAAAAACCUGCUUUUAUGUAAUGUUGUGCUACUGUGGCUGCUUAUGAUUACAAAUUAACAAAGUUUUACAAUCUUAUCAAAGCAUGCCUCAGUCUUUAAUUAAAUCUAUUUAAUGUAGUAGAGAGUGAGGGGAUUUCGCAUUUUUAAAUUACAGUGUAUUGCCAGAGGAGAAAAAAACAUGAAUUAGGAUGUUGAAAAUUAUGAUAAGCACUGUUUUAUAUAAAUGCAACAGAAAAGUGUGAACAUGCGACCCCAAGUGAAUAUGAAUAUUAGUUUGAAGCAUACUGAAUUGGCCAUUAUAUUCCUUUUUUCAUGCUACAUUUAAAAAAGAUAUAUCAUGACGCAUUAACUCAGACCAUUUUCUUUUUCUGAGGACUAAGAAAUAAAUUGCUUGGAAGUCAACGGCUGUGUCAAAUUGAAAUUAAAUCUUCAGCUCAGUCCUCUUCCUUUAUAAACCAGAUUUCAGCCAAAAGCUUAAUGUGAUAGCCCUUCAUUAUUCUGGAGAGCCCAAAAUGGGAACAAAUGAGCAGCUCUGACUCUUUUCCCUUAAGGCAAUGGAAUAUCAGUAUGUGAUGAAGCUCUGGGGACAAGAGACACUGACCUGAGGCUGAAACCAGCAAACAAAGACCCCCAAGGUUUCACUGUACAGCCAUCUAUUAGCAGUGUCCACAGAGAGCAGAGAACAAAUACUUCCGUUUAACUUGAUUACAACCAAAAAUCCGCUCAUCCUCUAAUCCACUCAUGAUUAAAUUUUUAUUGGUGGAAAAAAAGCCAACAUUCAUGAGCAAGAAAAUGUUGGAGCAGCUAAUAGAAACGUGGGAACUGGACUGAGAAUGUGUCCCUUAAGCUUGGGAGGAAAACUGGCUUCGAUUCUUCGACAUGCUUUGCGAGCCAAAUUCCCAGAAACUGAGUAAAGGAUUCCAAAAAGUGAUUCAUAUGUCAGCUCCUCAAAUCAAUCCAAAGAAACAUGCCAUUUUAGGCUCAUUGUAAUGUUUCUGGAAGCUGGCAUAUUUGAGGAGGGGCUGCAAACAUGGUGAGCCAAAUCAAACUUAACUAAAGGUUUGACUGGUCGGAUCUUACCUGCUGACUCGAGCAGGACGUGGUAGUCUGUUCCUCUCUGAGUUGGGGUAUCAUCCUCAGGCUCCUGCCUCUCUGACUCAGCGUAACGGUCCCAGUUUGACUCCAGUUUCCUCCUGGAGAAAACCUCUGUCCUCUCUGCUUCCUCUUCAUAGUCAUUCUCCUCAUCUCGCUCCUAUAAGAGAAAAAGAAAAACUGCUUGUAUGAAAGCUUAUUACUAAACCCACUGAGAUAAGUGACUCAAUCUACAUGGGGCUUGUGUCCAAAAAAAAUACUUUCAGAAAAAAAAUGGGUCUAAUUAUGAAAAUGUUUGGCAUGCUCACUUUGUACCUCUGCUUUACUGACACACACACACCUGCUGCUUCACUUCAUGGCAUUUAAGGAGAGCAUGCACUAGUACAGUACAACAAGUUUAAGAUACUGCAGUCACCAGUUUACACAUAUUGGGACAUGUACAACUUCUUUGCACUACCAGACUUUUUUGCGCAUCAAUCUGGGCAACUUACCUAUUCUAACCUACCAGCCCCUAGGUGCGUUAGCCAACGAUAAAAGUACCAAGUAUGCCAGAUUGCCAAUCUAGACUGAGCCAUGCAAGCAGUAUGAUCAGUCUCAUUAAAUUUGUCAUAGCUAAUGUACUCCCUGUUCUAUCGUGCUGUUGCACAAACCUUUAACAGAGUUGUCAUGGAAAAAAAAUUAGGAGGUGUUACAUUAGGACAAUGUCUGCUUCUUUUUCCUCUACGAGCCUGUCACAAGCCAAACACACAACACAAUCAUCAACAACCUCACAGUAGCUUUGGAUGCACCAAGGAGAUUUUUAUGAUUGCAAUCAACGGGCUCCUAUGUACUGAAGGAGAUUUGUAUGAUUGCAAUCACAGAUCCCCUAUUGUUUUCCUGCUAAUUCUGGAGUUACUAUGGCAGGAGCAUCGGCUGACAGAACAUCCCAGUGAAAAUGAAGCUGAGCGCUCUUCUGUCAUACCAAAGCCUCAGAUCAUAACAUGAUGAUGUUGAAGUGCUUUUGAUAGAAACAAGUGUCAGAGUCAGAGGAUGUGAAAUGAAAAACACUCAACUCUUCCCUAACCAGCCAUUUGUGGUCACUGAUGUCAUAGCAUAUAUUUUGGUCAGCUCACCUUUAAUGAAGAUAAUGCCUGAUGAUAAUAAACAUUUUGCUAAAGUUUCUACAUUAGUUUAUUAUGUGUUAUUUGGUCAGAGAAGGCUAAAGAAUGAACUACAUUUAAUGCUGCUAAGGCCGAGUUAGGAGUUGGGAGAGAGGAGGUCAGAUGUGAUCGUCGCAGAUUGUAAAGCGCUAUCUUUGUGACGCAGUUACAAAAUCUCCGUUACUUUCAACGGGGUUUGGUGUAGCGGGACGGGGGGACUGCCAACACACCGCAGCCUCAUGCUCUCUCACCCGUUGAUGGAACUCUGCUACACGGGCGCUUCCCCCACGUCCACGACCGCGGUAGUGGUCUCUUUUCCCCCGGCCGCGGUGGUGGCCUCCUCUCCCUCUUCCCCGUUGUUCACCACCGUGACUGUCGCUGUCACUUCCACCGCGGCCCCCUCUUCUCCAGCUGCCUCCUCUGCCUCUGCUCAGUCUGUCUUCCAUAGCGGUAAACUGGGACCGGACAGUUGGCUUGUGACACCUAAGGGUUUGAAGCGAGUGUUACAUUAAAACUGGUCCUCGAGAAAAUGGUGUUUGAUGGUUCCGAGUCGCGCAUGUCGCCGAAAUAGUUGGCAACGUACGAACGGAAAAACAUGCUCUGCAAAAACUUAUAAAUACAGAGAAUCUAUAUCAAAAAUCAUUUCGUUUUGUAUAGCAUAAACUUUGUAUAGAAUGGAUAGUGCGACUGUACCAUACUUAACAUGCAGUCUUUCUAGUUAGGAAUGUGAAAGCAUAUAAAUAAAUACAUGUCUAAAUUAAGCUGAACUAAUCACAUAAUCAAUUUUACCGAGGAAAAAUUAUUACUUAACUUCUGAGCAAAAUGUAAAACAAAUAAAUAAAUAAAGGUAUACAGUAUUUAAAGACAUUUCAGAGAUUUGUCAAAAUUAGUCAUAUUUCACUUAGUCAGUUACCUCUUUUUUUAAAAUUAGCAAACAAAUUAAAAAGCUAUUAGAAUUCAGACAUGUUGUUUGUACAAUUACUAGUUGUAAUUAAUAGUUUUUAGUUUUUUGGAAGGGAACCUUCCAAAAAGGAUCGAUGAAGUUGAAUCUGUUCUUAUCCUGAACCUGAACGAAGAGAGUUACUACAAAAGCAGAGGAUAAACAUAGCAUUGUCCCCAGUAAGAGAGAUCGGCGAAAGACAGCAGCAAAAAUAAGGGAGGAAAUAAACAUGACAAGGUCGAAACCCAUUUCUCUGGGUGAAAGGAUGUUUGAAAAAGGCUGGUCUGAAGGGUUGUGUAUCUGCAAAAAAACACUACUUCAUCCACAGAACAAGAAAAAGAGAUAUGAGUGGGCAAAAGCUCACAAAAAUUGGACUUAUGAUGACUAGAAACAAGUUUGCACAGUUUGGUUCAAAACGCAGAGUCUAUGUCCGCAGACAAACUGGUGAACGUCUAAAAGCACCAUGUGUUACACCCACAAUUAAGCAAGGAGGUGGUAUGUCCAUGGUAUGGGGAUGUUUUGCAGGUGAUGGAGUAGGAGAUUUGUUUGAAGUAAAGGGUAUCAUGAAGAAGGAACAGUACCACUCCAUCCUCCAGCAUCAUGCAGUUCCAUCUGGACUCAGACUUGUAGGUCCAAAGUUUGUUUUGCAGCAAGACAAUGACCCUAAGCAUUCUGCAAAGCUCUGUCAGGGUUACCUACACAAAAAAGAAGUGGAAGGUGUUCUUCAAAAGAUGGUUUGGCCCCCUCAGUCUCCAGACCUCUCUCCAAUAGAGCUUGUGCGGGAUUAAUUGGAUUGAUCGGCCAGAAAAACGCGUCCCAUGAAUCAGCAGUCUCUUUUUAGUGAACUUAAGAAAGCUUGGAAUGCAAUCCCUGGAACAUACCUUAAAAAAACUUGUGGAACGAAUACCUGGUAUAUGCCAAGCUGUUGUUAAAGCCAGAGGAGGUUACUUUAGAGAAAGAAAAGUCUAAGCAACAAUAACUCAAAUACCUAAUAAUUAUAGUCAAAAUGUCUUCUGAUAAGUUACUCUUUACACAAUAGUCAUGUUUAUUGUGUUGCAAAGUAUAUUAAUCAAACUAUUAUCCUUUUUUUGUACAAAUCUGAUCUUGCUUCCAAACUUUUGGCCUGUAGUGUAUGUAGAAAUCAUGUGUAAUAACCUGACUAUUUAUUGAAAAAAAAAUUGUUAGCUUAGUAUGAGCCUUUUAUAUCUACACAGGAGUGGAUCCCCUUCCACAAAGGCUGCCAUAUUGUUCAGUCAUAUUUCAACAGAAGCAGUAAAGAGACAAACUAGUUACAUACAGGUUUUUGUAUUUAGCAAGUAGCUGCACAAGACUUACCAAUGGAAGAGAAAGACGAAGAAGAAAGUUGUCGUUUACAUACAAAACAAUUCGUGUUAAUAGACUUUUUUUGAUAGUAAUAACUAAACAAAUGGAGGAUCAUAUUUCUGGAGCGGUGAGCAAAGGAGCAUUCCAAUAUAGAAUCAGGCAUUGUUAGAUAUUCUCAUUUAAACACACAGGGCUCUAUUUUUGUUCGCGCUGGUGAGGCGGCGGAGGGCGGCGAGCCCCGCGCAGUUCUAUUUUCGUCUGGCGGAGCCCGGCGUAAGGCGAGUUUGGUAUUUUCGUGGACUGAGUCGCACGGAGGCGAGCCGAGAUCCGCCAAGCUGGGCGUGGUGGCGUGGGAGGGGGAGGUGUUGACAGAAUCAGCUGGCGCAGUGACAUUUUCGUGCUCGCCACCGGCGUGUAACGUGCGCUGAAAGCUCGCCGAUUCAAACCUGGUCAGCUUUCAGCGCAAGGCGGAACGCAGCUGGUCUAGUAGUAUUUUGGUAGACCGGCGGCGUAUCGACAUACGUCACCGAUGCCUCACCGGCAGGUUUCCACAGUGUCAGGCAGAUUUCAGUGCAAUAAAUAAUCAUCAUCAACUAUUAAUCUGAGUCAGCACAUACAUUUAGAUCUAUAUCGAUAUAUUCUGAUCUAUAUCUGAUCUGAUGAGCGCGUUUGGCACGCGUUUGGCACGCGUUUGGGCACACAACCUGACCGAAUCAAUACAGCUGAAACUGCAUCAAAUUAAAUUAAAUAUCUAGUAAAUAAACACACAUGAUGAAGUUAACAAGAUACGUAAUGUGUCUCCCUCCUUUUCUUUCUUCCUCUUAUUUCUCGCACAGCUCGACCUGGACACGUCUCCGUGUCCUCUGUCCGUCUUGCCGCAGCUGCUGCGGCUGAACAGAUGAUUUGUUUCAGUGCUUAGAUGCGUUAUCUACAUACGGAUAUUAUAAUAUUCAGUUUGGUGGGCCAAAUUUAUUUUAUAUGCCAACAUCUAUGAAAGAAAGAGCCAGGCCACGGAGCGCGAUGCGUCAUUUACGCACAGAUGGUUCCGAUUUUAAUGCCAUUUUUGGAGUUUAUGUUGUGAUCUGUGCGCUAAACCCACCUUUGUCACGUGAGGUUUGAAUAUAUGCAACUUUAUGUGACUGUCUUUUUUGUGGAAAAGGGUGUUUGUCUUACCAGUGGGUCCAACAUUACGCACACCAAAUCCAUCUGUGCUCAGAUGAGAGAGUGUGGAGGACACUUGUUGAGCAGCUGCCCUCUGUCGCCAUCGUGUGGCAUAACUGUCUUCAGACAUCUCUUGAUCUCUUUGACUACUUCAUGAAAAUAGUAAUACGCCUCGCCGGUGGCGGAUUUAAAGGCAAGGAGAGGAGCUUAUGUGAUUGGUGAAAACAGGUCUCGGCUGUGUUAAACCCCCCAUACGCCCUCUCUCUUCCCCGUCUACGACUUAUGGUGCUGGGAGGAGCUGAGUUAGGGAGGGGGGAUACUUACGCCGGGCUGCGCGGCUCACCAAAAUACCAAAAUGUGCUUGGGAACGCCUUGUCAGCGCGGCGGUUCUGAUUGACGCUGCGCUUGCGGCACGUCUUCGGCGAGGCAUCAAAAUAGAGCCCACAGCCUCUUUAGGACCUGUACCUUUUAAGAGCACAACUCAACUUUUGAUGAAGUUUCCAAAUGUGUUCCAUAUUUUUACAUAGUACCAUAGUGACAAUAGUAUUGUAUUUGAGUGAGUGUUUUGUGUUUGAUCUAUUAAAUAAUAUUGUGCAAUUGUUUCUAAUCAUCAUUAUUUUUAUUAAUUUCAGGGAAAUCUUAAAGGAGCAGCAAAAGGGUGCUUCUCUCUGACCUGAUUACAGUAACCAGCAUCUCAGCAUCAUGGAUGUGGAUCUCCCAAACAGCACCAACACAACCCAUUUCCAUGCUGCCCCCCACAGCCUGUGGGAGGUCAUAGCUAUUGCCACAGUGUCUGCCAUCGUCAGUUUGAUAACCAUCGUUGGUAAUGUUCUGGUGAUGUUGUCCUUCAAAGUCAACAGCCAGCUGAAGACUGUAAAUAACUACUACCUGCUAAGUUUGGCCUUCGCUGAUCUAAUCAUAGGAGUGUUGUCCAUGAACUUUUACACCACAUAUAUUCUGAUGGGUUACUGGUCUUUGGGAAACCUCGCAUGUGACCUCUGGCUCGCGGUGGAUUAUGUAGCCAGCAAUGCUUCGGUUAUGAACUUGCUCGUCAUCAGCUUUGACAGGUACUUCUCUAUCACUAGGCCGCUGACGUACAGGGCUAAAAGGACUCCAAAGAGAGCCGCCAUCAUGAUAGGCCUGGCCUGGCUGGUGUCUUUCAUCCUCUGGGCACCACCCAUCCUGUGUUGGCAGUACUUUGUAGGAGAGAGAAAAGUGCCCCCUGACCAGUGCCAGAUCCAGUUUCUAACAGAGCCUGUGAUCACAUUUGGAACAGCCAUUGCUGCAUUCUACAUCCCCGUCUCAGUCAUGACAAUCCUUUACUGUCGGAUCUACAAGGAGACGCAGAAACGGACCAAAGAUCUGGCAGAGCUGCAAGGACUGGCAACAGAAAAUGUUCCAGAGGGGAUUAAACCUCAGAAGACGAUCAUUCAUUCAUGCUUUCAUUUCAACCGAGAGAGAAAGGAGCGGAGUCAGGCCUCCUGGUCCUCAUCCAACCAAAGUAAUGCCACUAAAACUACAACAAGAUCAGAUGAGGGGUGGGUAAAAGCAGAUCAGGUCACAUCUUUUAACAGCUACACCUCUUCUGAAGAGGAGGAGCAGCACGUGUCAAUAGAGACCCCAGAAGGAUCUUUCAAAGAGCAAGAUAGUGGACAGGGUAGUAAGAAUGGGCAGGUGACUGAUUAUACUGAGGAACAGUACUUUUCCAGUCUGCAAAAGAAGAAAAGUAAAAAGCGCAUCUCUUAUAAAUUCAAACCUGGCUCAAAGCGCAAAAAUGGCAAACCUGUCACUGCAACACCCACGCCUCUCCCUCUUCAAACAGAGCAGCCCCCUAAAAACACCUCCCCUGCAUCCUCCACGACCCCCAAACCCAUGGACCCGGCCUUGAAGAACCAGAUCACCAAAAGGAAGAGGAACGUGCUGGUGAAGGAGAAGAAAGCUGCCCAGACUCUCAGUGCUAUCCUCCUGGCCUUCAUCCUCACAUGGACGCCGUACAACAUCAUGGUGCUCAUCUCCACCUUCUGCACCGAGUGCAUCCCCACCUCACUGUGGCACCUGGGCUACUGGCUGUGCUACGUCAACAGCACCAUCAACCCCAUGUGCUACGCUCUUUGCAACAAGACCUUUCAGAAGACAUUUCGUAUGCUGCUGCUCUGCCAGUGGAGGAGGAGGCGGAGAGGCGAGGACAAAUUGUACUGGUGUGGACAGAAUCCAAACGUCAACAAUAAAAUGACUUGAUCUGCAACAUUAGAGUGUUUAGGUUAACUAAUUUUUCUCACAUGCAGAUUUUCUUGAUAUGUAUACUGUGGUGUGGUCAUCCUCAGCAUGAAGUGCUGCAUGUGUUUUUGCUGUCUAAGUAUAUGUUAGUGAUGAGCGACUGCAGCACUUUGACAGGGUUAAACGUGAGGCUGCAGAGGAAUAUCUUUAAAAGGAAAUUAUUCAGACUUUUAACACUGUACAAGUCAUUCACAGGUCCUUUAAGAGGGGCCAUUUGUGGCCCCAGAAAGCACUAAACAAAGUCUGACAAACUCUGUCAUGUGGUGUUAUAAGAGUUAGCAUUGUCUGGGGUAAAAAUAACUCCAGGUUUAAACAUGAGAUAAAUCUGGAAUUGCUCACUUGACCACUGACGGCCUCUACUCAACUCUAGAGUGGGAUAAUAAUUUGAGUCUGCAUUAGCAGCUGCUAGCAUGACUCAGCAGACUGUCAAAACAUAGCAGUUAUUGACUGAGUUGCAUUGUGGGUGAUGUAGCCAGGUUUUGACAUGAAAAGAAAAUGUGGGGAGUUAAAAAGACUAUGUGUGGUUCUGCUGUACUUAUUUUGAUACUUAUCUACAUUAGGCUAAAUGUGUUAUAGGAGUGCCAUGCUACUUUUAGGGCAAACUUUUAUCACACUUUACAUUAUCACACAUUUUAUUGUGUACAUCAAGAGUUAAUCACAGCUGUAAUCAUUCCUCCUCUCUGGACUGUCUAUAGAGGGUUUUUUUAUUACUGUAAUAUGGCUCCAAUGUAAAAUCUGAGGACUAAAUGUUUAGGAGUAAGGUUCACCUCAGCUCCACCUUUUUUUUUUUCCAUUUCUUGGGUUGACCAAAAGUUAUAUUGAGUCAGCAUUUUCAAUUUAGCAACCACCAUUCUUUGGCUUAAAAAACCCUCACCAGAAACCAACAGGUGAUGUCCCUAAGACCGUGUCCAUUUGUUUCAGUCUGUUAUAAAAAGGGGUAGCCCUCUCCAGAAAACGCUAAAAAAAAUUAUGUUUUGAUAACCUCUUGUGCCCAUUAGUGAACUUCUUCACUAACCUACUUUACAAUGAGGACUAAAAAGUCAAUUUACAGAGCCACUUGAUAAACACUUCACCAUCCCCUCCACCUUUUAAAACACAUUAAUAUGAGCUGUUUUGACUCUCAGCAUUGAAAAAAAUAAUCCAUCUAAUGUCAAAGAAGAAAGUUAGGACAGACCUCUUAUAUGAGAUCCAACCUUAUUAGAGCUGCGAGUAGCUUUUUGGUCUGUAUUGAUUCUGGCGCCCCCUGUAGGCAUAAUGUUAAAUCUGCAUUGACCAUUUUAAUAGACAUAACAUCUCUUUGAAAAUCUUGGCAACUGUGACAAAAAGGAUCUAGAGUGUGCCAUUUAUGCCUUUGUCUGACACCUACAAUGUGGCUUCAGGCAUUUAAAACAACAAUGUGGAAAUUACCAGUCUUGUCUCUGAUAGUCUUGUUUGUUUUUCUACAGCACAAGAAGCCAUUAGUGUUAACUUUAGAGUAUUUUAUAACCGCCUUAGAAUUACUUACAGGAGCUUUAAGAUAUAAAUGGAAUUUAAUUGUAAGCUUUGUAUUCUUUCUGGUCUACUUUAAUAGUCUCUUUGGUGUUUUAUUUUGUCAAUUUAAGAUGUUCAUUCAAUAAUCUUCAACAUAGAUGUUAUAAAUCUUGUUUUUUAUGUCUUCAAAUUCCCAGUGGCUAUGGAAUAGAAUGGCUAUGACAUUUUGAAUGAGUGCAUUUUUAUGACUGCGCUUUCCUCCGUAUAAACACAUUAUUGUAAACAUUUCAAUCGAUAGCUGCUGAGAACACAGGGUCUGACAUUCGCAUCAUGAUGUGGAGAAACACUCUGAGAUGACGAGAGCGGAGGAAUGAUGAAUCAAUAUAAAAACAUUUCAAUUAUAUAUUAUAAACAUUUCAUUUAUAAACACUGAACAUGUCCUUCAAACCUCAGUCAUUCUUCUUUAUUCUACUCUUCACAUGCACUGUAUAUAAAGGACGUAAUAUAGGCUGACACAUUUCAAAGUAAUUUAUAGUAAAAAGAUGAGACUUAUAAAAAUAUUGGAUUUUACACACUGCACAAUGUAAAUGUAGAUUGCUUUGUGUAUAUCAGUGUUGAUUUAAUGUUUUCUCUUUGUUUCUGUACUGCACUUGCUAAUCAAAGUUGAUGUUGUGUUCAAGGGCUAAUCAGUACAUUUCAGUUGCAUUUGUUUCACAGAUGUUCAGAGGCUCACGCCUCUGUUCACGUCAGAGAACUCUUAAAACAAAAACUAGCUUGGACACAGAAACAAUUUCUUUUUAGUGGAUGAAUGCUGGUAUUGUAAAUUAUUGCACUUCUAUGUCUUCUAAUGAUGUGAUGUCAAAUGUUACCCUUCUAAACGCUUUGCCUUCUGUACUGAUCAGAGGCCAAAAGUGCUUUGUGAGUGAAUCUGUGCUCAUUGUCGAUCUGUGCAGUUCUGUAAAACUGAGUCUGAGUGUAUAUGAACAUCCAAAUACAAACUCUAUAUGAACAUUUUCAACACAGGAUCUGCUGACUCCAACGUUAUUUGUAUUUCUUCAGAAAUUUCUCAAAUUAUUGCUCCCCCAACACUUGUACAGAAUAGGCUUUCUGGAGGUCAUAAUAGCCUCAUGUUACUGAAUUAUUUUGCCUCACAACACCAUGAAGCCACUCUCUUGGGUCAUAUGAUGCUCCAUAUCUUUCUUAUUGUCAAAGAAACCUCUAUUUGACCAUAUCCAACAAUGAAAUUAUUCUACUAGUACUAGUAAGCUUUGCAAUAUAAUGCAAUUCAAUACAAGAUUUGGUUUAUCGCCAAAGGGAAAUUCAUUUGUCUGGUAUCUCAGAUAAACUGCAGAUAAACCAAGUUAUGAUCUGACUUGCCCAGUAGUGGUAAGGCAGUGGCUCUGUAGACUUCUUUAGCAUAAGCAUACAGCAGAUCCAGGUUUUCUGUUUUCUCCGGUAGGACAGUUAGCAAACUGUGUGAAUCCAAUCAGGAGAGAGGUGAGAGUGACAUGGUUGAAGUUUCCUGACAUUAUUACCUCAGGAUGUUGAGUCUGUAUCCUAGCAACAGUAUCAAGGAUAACAUCACACAGAACUUCAGUUGUUGCUUUGGAUGGGAUGUAUACAAGUAUUGUUAUGAUAUGACUGAACUCCCUAGGAACAUCAUAUAGCCGAAGAGCAACUGCCAACAAUUGAGUAUCUGGACAACACAACUUCUUCUUGACAGUUAUGUGUGAAGGGUUACACCAUCUCUGGUUGACAAAUAAAGUCAGACCUUCUCCAUUCUUCUCGCCACUACCUUUAGCAUCUCUGUCUAAUCUUAUGAGAGUGAAGCCAGGUAGAUCCACACUGGGGUCAGAGUUGUUUUGAUUCAAUCAGGUUUCCGUUAAAUACAGGAGACUGCACAAACGGUAUGCUUUCUCAGUCUUCAUUGUCUUUAUCUGUGUAUUAAAAGACUAGUAGUGCUUUUUCUGUGUUCCCUUACACAUCCCAUAGGCAGAUGGAAAUGGUUUGCGAUGAACAGACUUGUUUAACUGAGUACUUAUCCAGCUUUUUAAGAGUUACUGGGAUAAUGUUGUAAAAGGUGCUACAAGUCAGUCCUAAGUGCAACUUGUUAUGGCAGUCAGUUCGGCCCAUUGCUGAGAAACUGCCUGUUAAACUGGCAUGAAAGCUAUGCAUUUAGCUACCCAUUAUUACAUUAUUUAGCCAAUUUUUAAACAGUCUGACCAAAACAUCAAUGUUUGUGCGUCUAUUGAGAAUAUUUUCAGUGCUUUACUGUCACACCACGACCUUGUUUGGCACAGUUAAAUAAGCGUAGCACUUUGUUGUUCUUCUUCAGUGUGGUAGUAAGCCAAGUUUCCAUGCAGAUUCAUCAACUGCUCUCUCAAUGAAGAGGCCGGACUGAUCAGCAUCUCCUAAUUGUUACUUACUUCACCCCAUUUCAAAUAUACCCAACUAGACCUCAGAUGUGUUUAACCGUGACCCAUUUUUGGAAUUUCCCCCUGUGAGACUGUUAAAGGAACAUCCUAUCUUAUCUUUCUCGCUUUUGUUGUUAAUAGCAAGGAUUUUAGGAUGAAUGCCACUAAUAGUGUCAUACUACAUAUGAAACAGUGGAGACUGAAAAAUAAAAAAAAUCAGUGUGUUCAACACUUAUCUGAGUUUGGUUAGGGUUAGUUUCUCUUUUUAACGAGGCAUCCCCGGUGGAUAAACCUGUAUAGCCCAUCUCUUUUCUGAUGUAGUCCAGUACAAAAAUCACACAGAAAUUUCAAGUUUUGUCAGGGAUACUUUUGUCAACCUUUUCUGGCAUAUAGAGGCAGCAAUGUGAAUUCAGUCAGUUUCAUAAGCAUAAAAGCUCAAACCUGCCCAACACCUGCAGUUGGACCGAUAUAUAGCAUCUGAAUGUGACCUCCAUCAUUUAGGAGCAAUCAAAGCCAAAUGCUGUUUUUUAUCGUCUUCCAUUUGAUGGAUCUUAAAUCAUCUUAAAACCACUCAUAUUUACCGAGGGACAGUGUUGGGGGUUCUGACACCCUCAUUGUCUUGAAGUAUCAAUGUUUGUUCCUUCCUUUUGAAGAUUAAACCAUAUAAGAUGGCUUUCAUCAGCAGAUUCGAGUUUGAUUUCACUGCGAUGAAUAUUUUAUAAACUCACCCUAAGCUCAUGUGUUAAGGUAAGGUAAGGAACAGCUGAGCAAGCAGCCAUCAACAAUGAGGACCAUGUGUGGCAUGCUAAGAGCUCGGGGGAACAUGUCAGGGUGGAUCUUGAGUUGUGAUUGUCCUAUCAAAUAUUUACUUGUAAUAUUUUCUGUUAUAUGGCUGAAGAGAUAUCAGAAACACAACUUAUUAAAGAC